ACUAAAGAAGAAUCUAAAAAAAACUAUCUUGGGUAAUGAUAAAAAUAACGAGUCUUUGUCAACAAUUCAAUUAGAAGCUUUAAAAGAUCAAAUCGCUAUGAACUUACUCUCCUAUAAAUCCCAUUCAUUCGUCCCUAAGUCAGAUGUUAAAAACAUUACAAAUUCGGUUACUUCAAAGUCUUCUUCACAUUAUGAUACAGCGAAAGUCGAUCUUCCAUCGAAUAAAGCGAAAUUCGUUUCUAUGAUUCCUGUUAAAAUCCCAGGCAGUAAAGUUUUUAAUGGUCAGUCAGAACAUAGAGGUCAUUUAGCAGCUGGCGUUUACAAUAUGGACACCUCUAUGGCACCAUCAAAUCAAAACAACACAAACAAGAGAUUUGUGUCUAGGAUACCCAUAAGGAUCAAUGUUUCAAAAGAUAAAAAAAUUAGGAAAAGUUCACUUAAGGUUUUAGAUUUAUCCUUGAACACUGACAAUACAUCCAAUAGUCACGCAAUUCAAUGUCGUAGAUUAAACAGUACUUCUUUAUAUUCCAGAGUUGAACAUGUCAAUUCCGAACCCUAUACCAAGAAUUGUAAAAAAGGACCAUUAAAAUAACCACAUAAUAUUCAAAUUAAUGACACAAAAGGACAACUUUAACAAUUAAUGUUGUUGUAAUAUCAUGGAACUAAUGCCUGAAACACUUGAAUAAAAUUUUCUCUGUAUGAAAAAAAAUGCUACAAUAUUAAACACUAGUCUUAAAGAUUGUACUUACCUUACGUCCUAUGUGACGCAAUAAUAUUUCAAGUAAUCCAAUGUUGAUUUUGGUAUUAAAUACACUACGUAUACGAUUUACACUAUACGUCAUAUAGUCAAUAUAAUUACUUACAAAAACGAUUCAAAUUUUAAAUAAUAUGUUUUAACUACACAAAG